AUGGCUCCUACAAGAUCAACUACAAGGGCCCCGGCGAAGCGGAGAAAUAAGCGGAAGGCGCGGACGGAGGUUUCUUCUGACUCCGAGUCUGAUUCCGAAGCGUCAUCGUCAGCAGUAGCAGCAGGAAAAGGCGAGGGGUCUCUUGCCGAAGUUCCUGCUGGACCUGCAUCAUCAUCUUCAACAACUACCAAGGCCCAAGCAAACGAUCCAGAUACAGAAACCGAAGAAGCAUCCGCUAGACUCACCGAACACGACGACGAUACUGUAGCUCCUCGCACCAGUAAACGCGAAAUCAUGGAUCCACGACAAGCUUUCCGGGACUUCUAUCUGAAGCAGGCUACGGGGGAAUUCGCUAAUGAUCUUGAUAAGUUGAGGUCGGCGGGGGAUUUUGGGGGAAAGAGUAUUGGGUUGCUUGUUGGGGCGUUGGAGCAGGGGGGGGCUUGUUUUGGGGCUGGGGAGAGGGGGAGGGUUGGGGUCGCGGGGGUGGUGGGGAGGGUGUGA